AUGUCUUCUGCCCCCGCCAAGUACGAGUUCCUCUGCAUCCUCCCGGAUAAGCCUGGUGCGCAGGCAAAGCGCAUUGAGGUCCGGCCAGCUCACCUUGAGGGUGUGAAGCCCCUUGUUGCUUCUGGUCAGAUUGUCGCUGGUGGUGCCAUGCUCAACUCUCACCCCGCUGAGGGCGAGUCUCUUUCUUUCAAGGGUAGCAUGAUGCUCGCCGUGGCUGAGAAUGAGGCUGAGGUUCGUGCCCUUCUGGAGAACGACAUUUACGCUCGCUCUGGUGUCUGGGAUCUUGAGAACUCCCAGAUUAUUCCGUUCAAGUCCGCGGUGCGUCAGCAGCUGUGA